AUGCUGCGACGGACGGCCUGCGCGCGGGCGGGCGCGGCGGCGGCGGCGGCGGCGGAGGGCUCGCACGGCUACUCGGCGCGGGCGCAGCGCAUUCGCCGGCAGGAGUUGUUUUUCCGCCAGCUGCGCCGCCUCAUCAUUCCGGGUUUUUUGGCAUACGGCAUGUUUGUGGCGCGGCCGCAGGAGGGGCACUUCCUCCGCUACCUGGCGGAGCGGCGCCACCACGACGUGGAAUUCAACCGCCUCUUUCCCCCGCUGCCGGCGGAGGCGCCAGGGAAGCGGGAAGGCGAUGUGGCGUGCCGGGGCGCCGCCGGGGGGCGGUGGGCGGGGUGGCUGCGGCGACGCACAUCCGACUGUGGCGGCGGCGGCGGCGCGACGGAUGACGAGGCGCGGCUGGCGCGCAGGCGACUGCUGUUUUCGCGGGAGCGGGCGUACUCCUCCCCCGACGGCGGCGAGGUGUUUCGCCCGAUAGACGCGGUGCAGCGGGCGGAAGAGUUGGCGUUGCGGCGUGAGCACCCGCCAAUGCACCUUCUGAGCGCGCAGCUGCAGGAGCUCAUGAAGGCGUCCAAGGCGUAUGCUGCCACCGGGGCAGCCCAAGGCUCGGAUGUUAUGCCUGUGCGGUUGGAGUUUCACGACUGGAUCUUUUUUGCAACGGCGGGUGUGGUGUUUGCGGACGGCACAGGCGCCUCCGUGCGUCGUCUGCGCUUUCUCGGCCUCUGUGGAAUGAUGUGGUGGGAGUUGUAG